AUGGUCAUCAACGUAGAAAAUCGACAUCGAACGUUCGUGUUUGCCAUAAGUGCUACAGCUCUCGUCGGCAUUGUGUUUGGGGAUGUAAAACCAGUUCUACAGAUUUCACAGACGGAAGUGUGGGAAUUUGGUAACGUGACGUUGAGAUGUUCUUGUCCAAAGUACAGUACAUUUGGUAUAGCGACCUUUUACAGGGGCAAUCCUUUAUACGAGUAUAAAUACACGUAUCUUGACAUGAUUUUGUUUUCUAACAAAACAUGUGCGAUAAGUCAGACACAUAGCUUUCUUGAAGAUUUUAAGUGUCUUGAUAAUAUUACUUUUGAAAUCACGAUAAGUCUACGACGACAAGAAAACUGGACAUGCAGCUGUGGACUUGAUGUUAAUACAAAAAGUGAUCCAGCAGUUAUUUAUGUGAAUGUUCCCGUUGAAAACAUAAAUCUGAAGAUGGACACUUAUAAUAUAGCUGAGGAUAUAACAAUACAAAUACUUAAUAGUUCCAAUAUUACUCUGGAGUGUUCAUCGUGUGCAAGACCUGAACCAAACAUAACAUGGAACAUACCAGCAUACAGCACUGAAAUUAUUUUAAACUCGACCACUUCCAUAAAUGGUCUUUUCUGUUCACAUUCAAUGUUGUAUUAUAAGCCAACAUUAGAAAGUCAGGAUCAGCAAAUAUAUUGCACAGCCAGUAACAAAAAUAACGAGCAGCAUAUUUCCCCGAGAAUUACCACCGAUGUUUUAUAUCCAGCUGUUGUUAAUCCUAUACACGAUAUAAGCAUUGCCGAAGGAUCGCAACUUGAAACGUUUUGUCCCGUAAUAAAUGGAAAUCCUUCCGACUCAACAGUUUUAUGGUCCAGGCUAAAUGACGAACAUCGAUGGAACAGUAGAUUGUUGUUAAUCAAGAAUGUUUCUAGAACAGACGAUACCGACUACACUUGUAGUGUUAUAACACACAUGUUUCCUACGAUUGGUAGUUCUUUAAAAGUUGAAAGCAAAACCUCAUUUCACCUGAACGUUUUCUUCUCGUCAGAGAUAAAAACGUUUUCAGUGUCAAAAAUAAAUAUUUUUAAGAGAACUUUUGUGAUAAACGAACGGGAAAAUGCAUCUUUUGAGUGCAUUGCUGAAGCUAAUCCGCCGUCGGACUUGACUAUUGAGAAUCAAAGGGGUGAUAUCAUUUUAAUGGUACCAAAAUCAAAUAUUGCUCGCAAUACCUUGCAUAAUGCGUCAUAUGUAGAUGCCGGGGAAUAUAUUUGUACCGGGUGGAACAACUACACACGAGGCUUACCAACAAAGUCGAUGCUGACUCUUAUCGUAAGAACUAAACCCAAACCGUCUUCUGGCGACACAAGUGUUACGAAGGUGGCAACAGAUAUGCACGUAGAUGUUACAUUAAUAUUUACAACUUGGAAUUAUCUUGAUAAUCCAAAUAAAACAGUGUUUAACUGGUUUAAAGGCAAUAUAUCUUUAUCUGAUGAUGACAGUAAAUACACAGUACAUUCAAAUGAACUACAAACAAAUCUUACAAUAAGAAACACAACGAAACAAGAUUUAGAGAUUUAUAAAGUAAAUGUCCAAAACUCAUUUGGAAUUUAUAGUCACUAUUAUGAAUUGAAAUCCAAAGAUAAGCCUGACCCACCGAUUGACUUUAAAGUCCUUAACGACUCAAUAACAGCCACGUCGGUCACAUUAGCAUGGGGCCCUGGUUUUAAUGGAGGAGCCACACAAGCAUUUGUGAUUAUGUUCAGAAUGAAGCACACAAAUAUAUGGCGUAACAAAUCUGUCGAAGACAAUGGUGCAAAACAAAUGAAUUAUACCUUACAUGAUCUGAACAGCUCGCAAGAAUAUGAAAUUGAGAUGUUUGCGGAGAACAUAAACGGAGAUUCAACCGGUACAGAACGUAUCCUGUUUAAAACUAAAGCCGCACUUACAAGUCAAGUUAAACCGCAGUUGGAUGACAGUAGUGGUAUAUUAGCAGGAAGUGUAUCCUCUGUUAUUCUCGUUGCUGUAAUAGUUGGUUUUGUUUUCUUCUUUCACAAAAGGAACUGGAGGUGUUCCCGCUUCAAAUGUCUUAAAUCAGAUAUCAUCGAGAGCCCAGUCGCACCCGAGUAUAUAGAUUUGGACGAGAGCAGGCGAGAAAUAAAUAUUUAUAAUAAUUUUGAUGUACCAUCUGUGAGCACAUAUGAACAGCUGGAUACUGCAGCACAAGGAUCAACUACAUACACGGAGUUAAAAGAUAGAAUGACACUCAAUACUGAAACUUCUGACUACGUAAACGUUAGAAUAUAAGACAUUAAUUAAUAACGAUUAAUGAAAAGUCACAAAAAACAUCAUAUGUUUUCACAUGAAACAUCAUUUAACGAUUGCAAAAUCGAAUUCAGGAUGACGGAAAUAUGACAUCAUUAAAAUGCUAAAUAACUAGUAGAUAUGGUAAUCAAGCUUAUAUACAAGGGAUUUAAUUUAUUUUUGAUAAUUUUACAUCUAUUCAUAAGGAAGAUAAAGGUAUCUGAAUAUUGUUACAGACAAUAAAUAAUUUAAUUUAUUUACAGAUGUGUUAACAUUCAGGAAGAGACUAGGAAUUUCGGAAAACUUGGAACUUUUGAAAGGCUGUCUUACGAACGCUGGGUUGUUUACUUAUCUUUGAUGGCUGAUGGCUGUCAUUUCUUUUACACAUUGCAUUACAGUUAUUGCUCGUAGGAUACUUAAACUUUCCCGGAUGCCAUCAACAGAGCAGUUUUGUAUGUAGAAGGAAGUGUCAUUUUCAGAAGUUUUUUUUUUAAAUUACGUUCAAUGUUUGAAAUGAAAGUUAUUUAUAAAUAUCAGCUUUGAUUUGUUCUAAACAGCACUGAUGAUGUUUGAAUUGUAAGCAAAUUAAAAUCGUGGUACCACAUGUGGAAAAUCUUUAAAUAGUUGUCUCUUCAUUGAAAAGUGUGAAAUUAUAUUUUGAUAAUUUUCACUUUGAAAUUAUCAAAAUUAACAUAUUUUUACGGAUAAAUCAGUAAUCUUUUCAAAAGCAUUAAAUAAAUUGUCUUAUUGAUUGCAUAAAAUUGUAGUCACACUCGUAUAUAUUGCAUUAAAUUGAAGACAAACUGUUGUUUAUUUUAUAAAGUCGUAUUCAAUCCAUUGUUGAUUGUAUAGAAUUGUAGUUGCAUGUUGGUGAUUGUAUAAUAAACGUUGUAUUCGA